AUGGCAAAGCCAGAUACUCGUAACCCUGGGUUGAUUCCAACGGCAGAUCUCGAGGUUCGAGAAGUUGAAGAUUUCGGAGCCAAAUUCGUGAAAUGUAGUGAAGAGCAUGCUUCGCACUACAAGAUUGUCACCGUCGACGGGUAUGAGAAAGACCUCUUCACACUGACUAAUAGAGAAAAAAGAUUUCUCAGGUUCAUUCCUAUCACAACCUUACUGCCAAUCCUCCUAAACAUCUACUAUUGGUGGAUCCAAUAUCGCUUGCUGUUGGCGUCGAGUGGAUCUUUUUCAAAUACAGCUUUCGUAGCUCGACGUGGCUAUGUAGUCCUCGAAAUGAUCACAAAUGUACCCGAGUACUGUAAGAAGCUUCUGGAUGCAUCAGUAAUAGCGAAAGGUUCUUGGAGGUCUCGGCUGUGGCUGUACGGCCUAGACGUCCCUUCAGUGGACAUUGCGAUAGUAUGCUGCAACGAAGAUCUGACUGUAAUACUGGACACAGUUCGGGCGGCUUUGAAUACAGACUGGCCGAGUGAUCGAAUGCGCAUCAUUGUCUCGGAUGACGGCGCUCAGAAAAACGUUCAACAAGGAGUCCAACAUCUGCAAGAACAAUAUCCUGGUACCCAUCUUUUCUAUACGGCACGUCAAAAAACUCCGUCGAACAGCCACAAAGCUGGAAACCUUAAUCAUGUACUCAACUUUACUGCUAAACUCCCAGGUGGACAAGCCCCCUUUCUUGCAGGAUUGGACGUUGAUAUGAUACCCGAAAGGAAAUGGCUUAGGGUACAAUUGCCACACUUGCUACUCGAUCCAGGGAUGGCAUUUACUUGCCCACCUCCCUGCUUUUACAAUGUUCCUACGAACGAUCCGCUCUCCCAGUCUUUGUUUGUCUUCAACAGAUAUGAGGAAAUUCUGAAGGAUGCGGCGGGUAUCGCAUGCUGUACAGGGUCUGGCUGGGUCAUGCGACUGACUGCAAUUGCUGAAAUAGGAGGCUUUCCUUCACAAUCCCUCACAGAGGAUCUCCUGUGCAGUCACCUUCUACUUGGCAAGGGAUGGCGGUCUGCAUACGUCCAGGAAGAGCUGCAGUGGGGUCUAGUCCCAGAAACAUACCACGCGCACAUCCGUCAGCGCACACGCUGGAGUACCGGCGGCGUACAAGCAGGCUUGAUAAUGCGGCUCUGUCUCUUCGGGGAGCGCGCACGCCAUCUAAACAGCUGGCAAAGAGCAUAUGGUUUCUGGUACCUUUACCAGAACAUAACUGCCACAUUAAGGGUGCUAGAGGUCGUCAAAACAGCAGUAAUGCUAAUUGCUGGCUGGCCUAUCGUUGUGUACACUCACGAAGAACAACUGAUGUCUCUAUUGAAGAUUAGCUCGGCGGCUCAUGCCAUUAAUUUUGUGCGUCAAUGUCUAAUGGCAACUGUCAAUGGAUACGCAGCGAGCUGCGGGGAGGCCAUGUCCCUCUAUUUUCUGAACACGUACUUUGCGAUAGACCACUGGAAAACAUUCAUAAUCCCGAAAUCGUUGGGUGGACGAUCUAGUGCCUUCUCCGCAAAAUUCCCGUCGACUGGGAGCUUAUCCGACGAACUUUAUGAGAGACAUCGUCCCUUCAGAGCUCCUCUGAGAGCGCGUUUAAAGUCAAUUUUAAUCACUGACGGUGGCAUUAUUCCUGUGGCAAUUGCUUUUUCCCUGGCUAUUGGGGUGCUCAUGAACUUCAGGGCUGCUAUCGAAUCGUAUGGCUAUGAUAUAAGGGCUUGCUUCUUUUAUCUUCUGCCACGAGUGCUCUGGGCCUCGUCUAUGUGGCCGACCUAUGCUGUGGCCUUUUCAAGACCUCUUUACUAUGCCAUUUUCCCACCGGAUAUGCCUGAACGCGAGAACCUUCUCAAAGGCGAUGCGGCAGGUGUUGCUCGCCCUAAAGAUCACUCCAAACUUCCGAAAUCUCCGAUCAGAGGACUUGGAAUAGAACUAGUCAAUUCUGGGUUCAAGCAGUCAAACUUGGUCGUCCAUUACGAUACUACCGCAGACUUUCUCGUUGAUGAUGUGAACUAG